GAGGGUAAAAGGAGCUGUGUGUCCCAGUUUCCACAGAAGUCACCUUCCUUGGAGCAAGGCACCAUGACCAGCCAGUCUCAGGGGAUCCAACAGCUCCUGCAGGCAGAGAAAAUGGCCAAGGACAAGCUAGAGGAAGCAAAGAAGAGAAAAGGAAAGCGACUGAAGCAAGCUAAGGAAGAAGCCAUGGCUGAGACUGACCAGUACAGAAUGCAGAGGGAGAAGGAGUUCCACCUGAAGCAGUCAAAGAUGAUGGGCUCCCAGAGCCACCUCUCAGAUGAAAUAGAAGACCAAACACUAGAAAAGAUAAAAGAGUUGAACAGAAGCUACAACAAUUGUAUGGAAAGCGUAAUUAAGCAGUUGCUGAGCAUGGUGUGUGACCUGAAAGCUGACGUCCAUGUGAACUACAGAGCCACCAAGUGAAUGCUCUUCAUACUUCCCAGGAGACAGAGUGGGGGAUCAGGUCUGUCAAUAUUAGGGAUUGGAAUUGUGUGUCCAAAGUUUAUUGGACACCUGCAAACUUUCAUGUAUUAACAAAUAAAUAACACUGUGUCAUAACUCCUGGCAAUAGCUAUGCCUCGUAUUUAGUAUGAAGCAAGCUAAGAAAGGGAGGGACUUGAUUUUUGACACUUGAACAGAAAACAAUCACCACAACCUUCCUAAGGUAUAGUUUCACACUUCCUUUUAUAGGCUUAGAAGCUGCUCUUUUAGGUAUAAUUCCUAUAUAAUGAUUUUAAAAGGAGAACACAGUUAUGAUCCUUAUAAGCACCUAAAAUGAAUAUGUCAAGACUUUAAUUAGUCAGUGAGAAAACCACAGGAUUUCAUUGUUAGUACAAAAAAAAUUCUAAAACCUUUGUAAGAACAGAGAAAAAUAAUGCUCAGAUCACCUUAGGAAAAAAAUGGAUCCCAUCACUGCUGCAUUUACUUAACUGCAAGCAACACAGUUAUUUUUAUUUAAGCACAUUUUUUAAAGAAAAAGUGAUAUGACAGUAUAGAUACCUGAAUAAAUUUCAUAGUUUGUAAAGAAGUGAACCAACCUUCAACAUAAUGAAUUAGUAUGCCUUUAUCUUGUUCUCUGUAUUAAAUGAGCUAAAUUCCUGAGAGCUUGGAAUUUUGUUAGUUCAAUGUAUAAAUUAUCUUAGUCCUAGUAUGGAGAAAUUGUUAGUUACAUUUGCAUAAUGGCCAUUAGAGCCUUGAGACUUUAUCUGGAGUUGCCUGGGAAACAGUGGCACCUAGCUUCACCCUGGAAGUGUGACAGCUGUGUAUAACCCUAUCACUACAAAGCUGCCUCUCAGCAAGGCUUCUAGAUAUACACCAUUGAGAAUAUUGAAUACUAGCAGAACUGGAUUUUGUUUUUGUUUUUGUUUUCAGACAAGCUCUCACUGUAUAGCUCUGUCUGUCCUGGAACUUGCUCUGUAGACCUGACUUCAAACUCAUUGAGAUCCUCCGGCAUUUGCCUCCUGAUUGCUGGGAUUAAGAUACUCAUCAUUACUUUUACUAGUAGUGGAUUUUCAAACACUAUAUGUCGAAAGUUUGUAAUUCCAAUGAAAUCUGAAAUAAGUAGACAGUAUUAUCAUGUUUACACAUUUUAGAAUCUCAGAAACAGUCAACUUUAUAUUCAACUUUGAUGGGCAAGAGAAAAUUGAAAUUCCUUACUUUUCAACUUUAUAAAUAAGGAAAACCAAUCAGGUUACUUUCUGGGUUUUAUGUAAUAGUUUUCUCCAUUACAAGAAGAGAACAGCUUAUUCCAUAAUAAACAUGAAAGUCCAAAACA